AUGAAAUUAAUAAAAUAGAUAUAUUACGUUCAAUUAUUAUUUAAAAUCAUUGAUGCCAAUAUUAAAUAAUUUUCCUGUUGUUGACACUGACACUGACUGAAUAUCAUAACCUUAUUUUAACCUAUUUUUACAAUGAACUUUCGAAAUUUACUUUUUUAUACUAAGUAUAGAAAUAUCUUAUUUCAAGAAACUAAACGCUAUGCUGGUCAUAGCAAGUGGAAAAAUAUUAAAGCUACCAAAGAAGCCAAUGAUAUUGCGAGAUCAAUGUUAUUUAAAAGCAUAUCUUAUAAAAUGAAAGCUGUGGCACUAGAAACUGGCGACCCAGAUCCAUAUACCAACAUAAAAUUAGCACAGUUAGUUGAAUAUGCAAAAAAAGUCAACAUGCCAGCAUCUACAUUAAAAGGAAUUCUAGAAAAAAUUCAGAAUAAGUCUGGUGAAACUCACAUAUUGCCCAUGCGUUCAUCAAAAGGACCUGCAUUCGUUAUUUAUUUUGUAACUGACAAACUUGUACAUAUAAAAUUUCAGAUCGUGCAUACAUCCAAAAAAUUUAAUAUCAAACCUUUAGAUUCUUCAACAUUUUCACACAUGUUCGACUGUGCAAGUUUUGUUAUAGCAUCUAAAGAUUGUACCUUAGAAGAAGCAAUGGAAGAUGCAAUAAAAGCUAAUGCAGAAGAUGUAGAAGAAAUAGAACAUGAAACUGAUUCAUGUUUUAAGUUUAAAGGCGAAUUUCUUCAUCCAGAAAAAAUUACAACAAAAUUAGGAAAUCUAGAAUAUACUAUAAUUUCAGUGGAAAGCACAUGUGUACCUAAUGUCACAGCUGAAGUAACUGAAGAAGAAUUAUUAAACAUAAAUAAAUAUAAAAAAAAGAUUAUGACAGAUGUAAAGGAAAUUAUAAAAAUUGAAGAUAACAUUGUAUAAUUGUAAAUAUAUAUA